AAAGGGUGUUGCGACGGCCGUGAAGAAUCAAAAGAAGACGAAGAACGAAAAAAAGAGUCUCGCAAUCUACCACUCCCGUCGUGGCUCGCCGCGAGAGUCGGUCGCGCGUUCGCCACCGAGUCGGGUGCUAAGGAGAGGACGCGAGGGAGUGUUUCCUGUGAAGUUUAUUCCCAGUUGAAAAAGGUUCUUUUUUUUUACUCUCUCCUCCCGUCGCAGCCUUCGGACUGCCUGCUCGCUCCGUUCGCCCCUCGAGGUCUUCCUCCUGCACCACGUUGUGGCCGCGUAGGGCCGCUGCACUACAUUUGACGGAUUAACGGAUCGGCCGGACGUGCCUUUCGGAUAUCGUUGCACCGGCCGACCGGUGUAAUACAUUCAUUUACGGGUGUUUGUUUCUUCUGGCUCAUUCGCAUCAUCUUCCCUGUUAUUUAUCCGUGUCCCACGUCUGCUUGCUGGUUUCAACGGGGACGGCCGGCAGUGCUGUGUUGACAGUGUGAUCUACCGACAGGAGGUUUCGCUUCUACCGAGGACUACGGAUCGACAGUUAGUACGGAACGUCGUGCCGUGACGUAGACGGCUUCAUUCAGUGCCCCUUGAGCUGCCGACAUGCCCGACUCCAAGCCGGACGCCAACGCCAAGACGCCCAUGUUGGGCGGGGGUGGAGGGCCAGCAGGAGUCAUCCGGUUAACACAGCCGCCCCGGGGCAUAUGGGGCAAGAUCGGGACAUGGAUGAAGGACAACCUCCUGCUGGUGCUUACCAUAGUGGGCGUCCUAUUGGGUCUCCUGCUGGGAUUCUUGGCGCGGUUCUUUGUGUAUGGCGAGGAUGUCAUCAUGCUCGUCUCCUUUCCGGGAGAAAUACUCAUGGGCAUGCUCAAAAUGCUCAUUCUGCCCCUCAUUGUGUCGUCCAUGAUAUCAGGGUUGUCGAUGCUCGAUCCAAAGUCAAGUGGAAAGAUGGGCUCUCGGGCCCUGGUGUACUACUUCGCCACCACCAUCUUCGCUGCCAUUGUGGGCAUCAUAAUGGUGUCCGUCAUCCAUCCCGGUGACCCGUCCAUCAAGGAAGAAGUGGGCACCGGAACAGAAGACAAGAAGGUCUCCACGCUCGACGCAUUCCUGGACCUCGUCAGGAACAUGUUUCCUGAGAAUUUGCUGCAAGCCUGCUUUCAACAGGUGGAGACAACAUAUGUGAAAGAAAAGCCGAAGCCCCGUUUCAUACACCCCGACGAAAUGGUCAAUGCCACGAACACGACCUCCUACGUGUUGAAGCGGACGCUACAGUUCAAGGAUGGAACCAACGUUCUCGGGCUCAUUGUUUUCUGCAUCGCCUUCGGCAUCAUUGCGGGCCAGAUGGGACCCGAUGCGGAACUUAUGGUGCAGUUUUUCAGCAGUCUGAACGAAAUCAUCAUGAAGAUCGUCGUCCUGGUCAUGUGGUACUCCCCGUUCGGUAUCAUGUCUCUGAUCAUCGGCAAGAUCAUGUCGAUCAAGGACUUGGCGCUGACAGCGCAGCAGCUCGGUCUCUACAUGUUGACCGUCAUCACGGGCCUCCUCAUCCACGCCUGUAUAACGUUACCGCUGAUUUACUUCCUGAUCACCCGCAAGAACCCGAUCACCUUCUUCAAGGGCAUGCUCCAGGCUUGGAUCACUGCGCUGGGCACAGCAUCCAGUGCGGCCACGCUGCCGGUGACCUUCCGGUGCCUGGAAGAGAACAACCACAUCGACAAGCGGGUGACCCGGUUCGUGCUGCCCGUCGGCGCAACCGUCAACAUGGACGGCACGGCGCUCUACGAAGCCGUCGCCGCCAUCUUCAUCGCGCAGAUGAACGGCAUCAACCUCUCCAUCGGAGAGGUCAUCGCCGUCAGUUUGACGGCCACGGCUGCCAGUAUUGGCGCAGCCAGUGUGCCCAGCGCGGGUCUCGUUACCAUGCUGCUGGUGCUGACGUCCGUGGGUCUGCCCACGGAAGACAUUUCCAUGAUUGUCGCCGUCGACUGGAUGCUGGACCGUAUUCGCACGUCCAUCAAUGUCCUCGGCGACGCCUUUGGCGCGGGGAUCGUGUAUCACCUGUCCAAGGGGGAGCUGGACAAGAUAGACGCCGAACACGCCCGGCUCGAGCUCGAGAUGGGCGAGGCCGGCCGCAAGGGCUCCUACAUGCGGAGGCCCAGCGGUAUCGCGGCCCCGGGAUCCUCGGCGCCGCCGGACUACGGGGCGAAUCCCGGAGGCCAGAACUUCGUCGAAGGAAACAGCGAAACGCAGAUCUAAGCAGCGGCCGAGGAAAGGCCGCGAAAAAAUGGCGGAACGGGCCAUGUUUCGAGUUCGGGCCAACUUACACGCCUUCCUGUUCCCUCCUGGGUGCCCCCGAUAGAAGCCGCCGGGACGUCAUCCGAGGAUUGCGCAACGGUGGCAACUUACACCCUUCAGAAAAAACGUUAGCCUUCUCUACACGCGAGCUUUCUUUCCGCGACACUGACUGUCGUAAUGGAGUAUUUCGCCGCAGCGCCACCGUUCCGGUCUUCACUAAUCUUCACCGGUCUUCACCGGUCUUCACCCGUCUUCACCGGUCUUCACCGGUCUUCACCGGAACCGCCUUCUUGCCCACUAGACUGCUUACGCGGAAACGGCUGCAGGUGGUGUCGGUGACCGUUAAACGGUAACGCUGCGUUGAAAUCUCCCCAUCUUUGCGCGUGCUUUCCAUCGAGACCCUGUGAAAGCGAACGACUUUUUUUGUUUUGUAGAUAUAUAUGCGCAAGCUGUGCAAGCUUUAGCAGGCGCGAAAAGACACACGCAGAUGCAUACACAGGGUUGAAGCAAACACGUCACGACAAUGGCUGUGCAAAGAAAGCUCGCCUUUAUGAGGGUGCAACUUUCGGGAGUGCUUCCGCUCUCUCUGUCGGAGGACUCCGAAAGAAAAAAAAAACCUGGCUGACAAGCCGAAGCGCCGCAGUAGCUUGAGUUCUUGCUGCACGAUGGCGUUAUUCGAGUGUUCGGUGUGCCCUGUUGAGGUGAGAGCUCGGGGACACUAUGAAGAUCGCCGCUCGUAGCGGUUAUCCGUCGUACGUAGCCCGAAGUGACUGGCACAAAUUUUGAAAACGUUCGAAAAAAAUGAACACUAUAAAACAGUGCCUCACCCGUAACACCGAAUUGAGCUCAACAUAACUUGAAAUUUGGUGAGAUGGUGCACAGUUGACGGGAACUUUGAGAGCCAAAAAAAAAACGCACAUUUUCAAGGCAAGAGGACAGGACAGGUCCUGUCCUCUCGUCUUGUAAAUGUCUGUGUUUUGUGCUUAAAUUUGCCGUCAACCCAAUUGAGGUCAGGAGUAGUGGUGGUAAAAGGAACAUUACUCAUUUCAAGGCAAAUGAAGUUUUGUGACAGAAGCUAAAGCAAUAUGAUGCGACACAGUUUUCCCAUAAACGUUUUUCAAGACAUUGGAUUGGUUCCUAUCAAAUUACUUUUCAGUCUUUUUUUUUGUUCUUGUUUUGUUAUGCAGAGAUUUCAUAGACUAAGAAGCCCUUGCCAUUUACUGGAUUAAUUAUUUAGGCAGUCUAGUUCCAACGGAAAGCUGUGGCUGCUGUACCAAGGACUGCAUUCAAUGUUAGCGUAAACGUUUUGAUACGUGGUAUUUGUGGCAUCCGUUUACACCGUGACGAAGUUAGUCACCAACUUGCAAAGCCUAUUUUUUCGUUAAGCAGAGUUACAUCUUCACGAUAAAUUGGCGUUACAUCGUCCAAAGUGAAGUCACUGCCUUCGUGCCACUCAGUAACAUUGUCAGUUCAGAACAAUGUCGACUAACGGGACAGCCCAACACUUGUAACAAGUAUUGUCACUUCAGGCUUAAGCCUCUACGGAAAGCGCGUUAGCAGAUCUGCGCUGACUGUGCGUCAUCGUAACGUCAGCCUCUUCAUCGUUGCUCUCUCUUUGUGUCUCACUCCCUUUUUUCUUGACCUUCUUUUGUACGUAUGUACUUUUUCCUCACUUACGGAACUGACAGAACAACUCGUGUUGUCCCCUUUGCCAAAAUUCCAUCGCAUAUCUGUUAGAAGUCGUUAAGCUUCAUCGUAUAUGCGUGUCGUCGCGGGUUUCAUCCCCAGGUUCGAAUGAAGCAGCUUAUCUUAUCAAGGCCUUUCCUGCGACCGAUGCUCUCCUACCGUCACGACUACUGCACGAGAGUACUGCCCACCACAGCAGCAGGUCUUGUGCAGCUAUCUAAAGCAUCAUAACAUACACUCACUGCAUUCGACUUGUAUCGGCCCCUUUCCGGUGGUUCUCAUCCAGCCGCCAUCAUUUCGUUACAGUUACUUCCAUCUUUCUUCCGAACAGCGCUUCAGCUUCAGCACACGCCACUUUUUAUGUGAAGAUGUCAUGCCCAACUAAUCACCGCCGCAAUCUGAGGAGCAUGUUAAACCUAUCGUCGCUCUCGCAUCGUAUAUGCCUUGUCACAUAGGUCGACAUUUUCAGUCCCAUACUCAUACGAGCCUUUACCGAACCGCCCAGCCGUUGCAUCAUUCGGGAGAGUUCCUGCAUGCUUCAAGGAAGUACACCACCGCAUCAAUGUUUCACAACAUGCGCGUUUACCAGAGUUCAAGAAUGCGAUGCUCAGCAAUGGUUUAGCAGGCUCGCCCCAUGGAAACUACCAUUCGAAAGGCACGCGUUAGGCGUUGUACAGCUAAUUGUUGUACGCGACCUUUUUGAGCGUUCCCACGGCCAGAUGCACAUGUCUAAUGUUCGAAAAAGCGCAUGUCCAGGCGAGACCUUGCAUUCCCGGUAGAAUGGUGCGUGCAUGGUUGCAUAUUGUACAUGUUUCGUUUUCUCACGUAGUUUGAAACCCACUGAGCUAGUCGAGGCCCUCCUCUUUUCGGAGUUUCUCAAAAUAAAGAAGAUUCCGGAGGAUCCGAGCGUCCCCCAGCAGUGACAGGUGGACCGGGGUCUUACCCCUGCGAAGCGGGAACCGCCCGCGGUCUAGAAAGGCCGCACUUGACAAAUCGAGAUCGCAGCGCUACUUAUAGAACACCUUGGGGCGCUGAGUGGGGGAGUCCCGAGGUCACAGCGGCGAAUCCAAUCGCCAUUAGCGAUAAAGCAUCGUGAUGGCCGAAAUUUGAGCGUUUCCGCAGACACAUUGAGCCUGACUGCAAAUCUGGGCAGGUCAUCUCUACUUUCACUCUGACAUUAUGCCUUGGAUCAUUUCUUGUGCAGUGAGAAAUAUUCGAGAUAUUCUACGCUGCCCAGGGUGAAAUUUUCAUGUAUUCUUCUUGAAUUCCUCACCUCUAAAGUACCCGGGUUUCGGUUCAAGGGACGUGCGCUGCUUGUGGGAGUGUGUGCGUCACGUCAUUUAUGACGGAGCUAAGAAACGAAAAAAAAAAACAGGCAUAUUUUUUUUUUUUUUGCUCAGUGCCAUUGCUACACACUCUAGGCGGCACUUUUACACAAGCACAAUUCAAUUAUGCGACCUUCUGGUAUUAGGCCGGUAGUUGAAUUACCGACUGUGACAACUCGCUACCUGGUGACUACGGGCUCUGACAUGGCUCAAAGCACGUCUUAUGAGAAGUGGGCUGUUUGUGUAUUUCACGUUGCUCCUUUCUGUAUACCACGAAGAAAAAAAAGGUAUGAAACUUGAGCGCUGCCGCGUUUGUCAAGUAUUCGAGAACUGCAGUGCGCCUGAGUUCCUAUACCCGGCAUACCGGAAGCCAGCAGCUUGUGAGCACGCAAAUGAUGCAGCUUCCGCCCCUGUUCAUCGCAUCCGGUACUUUUCUGUCACACAGCUCACCCGUGUAACGUAACGUGGAGCAGGCUAUCGCAAGCUCAGCGACCGAGAAACCCCGCCCAGUAACUUCCUGGCCAACUUCCAAAUACCAGAUACGGCCGCUCGUCAUCCGUGCGAGGACGAGUUUGUUUUUCGUCGGAUGACCUUCAAAACAACGUUUUCAGCUUGAACCGUUCCGUGGCGUACAAGGUCAUAUCUCGCAGUUUCGUAUUAUUUUACGUGCUUAUCUUCCGUUCCUUUUUUUUUUUUCUUUCGUUCUUCAAGGACGACUUACGUGGCACCCUGCAAAAGAUGUCGGUGCAGUCAUGUAGGGCGAAAGCGUCCCGAGUAUCGUGAUACUUUCACGCUUACGCCAUACCAUAGCUCGUCUGUCAAACGAUGUUAUAGUAAUCAUUCCGCUUGACAGUGAUUGUGAGCAUUUAAAUACCAAAGUGGUGCUUUUCAAUGUCAUCAAUUCCAAAUGAGACUAAAGGAGGCUUAACACAAGGGCAGGCAUACGACAAGGCAAACACGCGUCAUUGGUUAUUAUUACGAAAUGUCCCAUACUGAGGGGGGAGGGGAGUGUUAUGGCGCCGACGAGGACCCGUUGACCACCUUUCAUGAGUUGUGUUCACACUGUCGAUUACGUGGGAAAUCGUUUCCGGAUCCGAACAGAGAGCUAACAAGGAGACGGCCCUCCGACUCCUCCAAACUAGCUUCUUUCCGUCACCGGCCACUAUGGCGCUGUAUGCGUACAUUUCUCCUAACUGCUCGGCAUGCGAUCAGCUCGCCACCUUCCCUCAUUUCAUGUGGCGUUUCAACAAGAAGGCAUCACGUAGGCGAGACAGACUUUUCAGAACGUAUCGCAAGUCCACAACUUGCGAAACAACUCCGGGUGGUCCAUGGAGUCUGUGAAGAGAUCGGUACAUUUGGUCCCCGACCCCGUCGCAGGUGAAGCCCUCGGUGGGUUUUUAGGAACCUUCUUCCCAAAACGCAAAUAAAGUUCAUCUGUCUGUCUCUCUGUUCUUUUAAAGAGUCAGACUUGUUAGUUAUCACUGUGAUCAAUUAUUUCUGUGCUAUAGUUGCUCCUGGCUUUCUGACCGAAACUCUCCCAAGUUCUCACAUCAGAAUUCACGCCGGUAUGUGUUGGAGAACAUGAAACUUGUGUUCAGUGAUUGGCGCUUUAAGAACUUCACUGUAGCACCAAGUUUUAGCCGAGUAACCAGACAUGAAUGAGCACAAACUGUCAGUAGAGGCCUCUGCGUGGUCGCUCAAAAAAAAAAAUACUUCCUUUCAAAACUGUUACAACAAGUUGGUGUUCGCUCAUUUCCACGCCGAGCAUUAGACAUUUGUAUUCUUGAGUAUAGUAGUGCAGGCAAAAACUCUCAAAAAUUUUCAGGAGUCGUAUUUCUAAUGACGUUCCCUCUGACUUUACACAGCCGCAUGCUGCGUGUUUUUUUUUAAUUUUUUUUCUCGUGUGAUAGCUUCGUGAAUAUCUUUGAACAGUCAGUGUUCAAUUUCAGGUUAGUACGUUCCCACCUCGUACAAUAUUACUUCCAGUUGGAUUUGCGUGAAUAAUCAUUUUUCUUGGGUGCUAUUAAGUCACCUUGACGAACGAUCUUAUUUGUACUAUAUUAAAAAACGGUAACUUCGUGCAGUGAAGAGAACUUUGAGGGAAAGAAGGUGUUGUGCAGGGAUUGUUGGUACAUUUGAACUUCGUGUGAACUGCGCUAGUACGGUACAAAUAAGGUAAGAAAUACCUGAUAAUUUUUCCUCGCGUUUGUAUUUUUUUUGUACCAUCCUCGCGCAGUUCAUCGACAGUCGUAACUUUGAGGAUAAUCGCGUCGAUUCAAGGCAUCAUUACCUUUGCUCAUUUAAACAAAAAACAUACAGAAAAACACUUGUCCUUUGUCACAAAACGUGUUUGCUGUUUACAGUCACCGCUUCGGGCGACCCUUUACGUCAUGCUGUUAUUGCUUCAAAGUGGUAAUCCGGCUCCUACACGAAAACCAUCACUUCAUCGUCAUUUAGUAUAAAGUCAUCACCACUCAUUGUAUGUGCUACCUUUAGUCCUAUGUAUCAAUCGCCUACGACCUCUGUUUUUUUUUUUAAUACAAGUAUGCAGUCGAUGCAUAUGGAUGUGUUUUCGUAACCGGUGUGUCUUACAAGAUUGUACUUGAAUGCUUGUAUGGAUGAGGUGCUCUCGUCAGAGUGUUACCAGUCAAGUUUUAAUUGCUUGCAAUCACUGCAUGUUUUGUAGUGUACAAUUACGUUUUAUAAGUCCUUCGCGUGUACUAAUGCAAUUUAUUGAGCAAGACAUUUUAUUAGAAUAUAAGGCAUUGUCAUUUCUUUUUUUUGCGUGUGUGUGGUCUAUUUCAGGAUAACUUGUAUAGCUUACACUUCAAGAUAAAUUAGUUCGUUUUGACGGUAUACUUUUAUCAGAAUACAAUUCAUUCGGUGUAUUUAGCUCUGCAAUCUAUGCUACUGAACACUAACAGAACUGUAGAACGAAUGAACCCCCAUUAGCGAGGCGCUGUUAAUGAUUAUUAGUUGUAGAAAACGUUUUACGCCGUACCACCGCGUGAUGUAGUUAGUGCUACCCGCAAGUACACAUAUAUGUCAUAACAUUUCUAUCAUCUUUCCGGUGUGGGUUUAUUUCAUCCUAGUAUGUUUGUACUUUCUAUUAUAGUUCGCAAGGAACAUUAAACAAAAGUACAGGCGACGGAAGUACCCUCAGGUUUGCGCAAGCAUACAAGAUAAAACCUAUUUUUGCAUAAUUCACAAAAAUUUUCAUAAUUCGUAUUUCUAUUUUAACAACAUGCCACUUAACUUUAUGCAUAGCAAGGAUCAGCAACUGCUAUCUUGCAGCACACGAACCAUCUUUUUUUUUACUCGUUUUCUCUUGACAACUGCCUUAAAAUGUAGUCAUCAAAGUACCAUGUUUUAUUGCAGAGAAUCAUCCGCUUUGGUUUCGUUGUGUUCUUGUGUGUGUGUGUUUAUUUUGUUGCAUAGUUCUACCUACAUCAUUCUGUACGCAACGGAAAAAUUAAAGCGAUUUAUUGAAUUAAACAAUAAAAAAAGCUAUUUGUUUUGUUC